GAACAGUUUAGAAUUACGGCCAUGUUUUUUAGUCGGAAAUGCUGUAUCUAUACCUUAUGAAUGAUUUAGUGAAACUGUCAUUUGUUUUGAACAGUUUUUGCAUGCCUAACUUGGACUUUUCUCGAAUUUGUGAAUUCAGUCAGAUACCGGAAGUGGACUUUGGCAUUACAGAUUUGCAGUGGGAGGGGGUUGAAUUUCAUAGACCAGUUCACCAGAGGGAUAGUCAAGAUGGCAGGCAUAAAAGAAGAAUCAAGUAACAAAAUGUUUGGGGGAUGGCAGAAAGUAUUCAGCCAUGACAGCUCAAGUCUGAAAUGUUCUAUGAAAUUUGGCAUCUACCUACCCCCAAAGGCAGACUCGGAGAAGGUGCCAGUCAUCUAUUGGUUAUCCGGUCUAACAUGCACUGAGCAGAACUUUGUAACAAAAGCUGGAGCUCAAAACUUUGCUGCCAAACACAAUGUAAUCUUAGUUGCCCCAGACACCAGCCCAAGGGGAGUUAACAUAGAGGGAGAAGAUGACAGCUAUGACUUUGGAAGUGGAGCUGGCUUUUAUCUGAAUGCAACUACAGAGAAGUGGAAGACAAAUUACAACAUGUACACAUAUAUAACUGAAGAGUUGCCGAAGGUAGUGUCAGAAAACUUCCCCGUGAUCCCAGGUAAACAAUCAAUUAUGGGACACAGUAUGGGUGGACAUGGUGCAAUAUCAAUAGCUCUGAAGAACCCUGGUAAAUACUCCUCUGUUAGCGCCUUUGCACCCAUUUGUAACCCCAUUGAGUGUCCCUGGGGACAGAAAGCAUUCACUGGCUACCUGGGGGAGGACAGGGAGACAUGGAAGGCCUAUGACUCUACAGUUCUGGUAAAAUCUUACAAUGGACCACCAUUGGAAAUUCUCAUCGACCAGGGUAAAGCUGAUAAUUUUUAUACUGCGGGACAAUUACUGCCUGAUAACUUUGUAGCUGCCUGUGCUGAAGCAAAAGUCCCAGUCAUUCUUAGAAUACAAGAGGGGUAUGAUCAUAGUUAUUUCUUCAUUGCAUCUUUCAUGGAAGACCACAUAGCCCAUCAUGCUAAAGUGUUGAAUGCAUAAGCCAGUGUAUAACAACCCCUGUGAAAACAGACAAGGAUAAGAGACAGUGUAUUCAUAAGUGACUUGUCCAUUCACUGGUCAAGAACUGAAGCGGUUUAUCAACUUUAUAUGAUAGAUACAUUAAUGAAUGGAAAAUGAGAAUCCCCAAAUUGUGAUUUGAGACUGUUUGAUUUGUCAUUAAAGUAAAAGAUGUUACGCAGUUUAGAAGCUGAAUGCCCUGCUUACUAUAAAAUGUAUGAUUGAAUGUUUCAUCUGCAGAUGUUAAGUCUGUUUGAGGUCAUUAUUAUAAUGUCCCUUUGGCGAAUAUAACAUAGCUGUAAUUUGAAAAUUGCAAAACGUGAAAUAUAUACAUGAUUAUUUUUAUAAGAACUUA